AUGCCAUUGUUAAAUGAGAACAACAUGGAAUUGGAAUUAGAGAAUUUCUAUGAUGACGAUGACUAUGCCGAUGACGACUAUGAACGUUUUCAUGGUUUACUGAUUCGACGAAAGACAAGUUAUUCUACUCAAACAGCAAAAUCUUCAUCGAAAGCAAAGCUUUCUGCUCGUCAACAAACUGAUACCAUUCAAGUCGAUCGAGCAAUAGCAUGUGCGUUAAAAGCACACCCGAAAACAUUUAAGUUUACACAAAAAGGUCUACAAUAUCUUCCACCAUCUAUUAAACAUCUAUCAGUUUGUGAUGGCUUGCGUGAACUUGAUCUAUAUGGAAAUCAACUAAAAGCAUUGCCUGAUGAAAUUGGAAAAUUGAAAUCUGUUGAAAUUUGUAAUUUAGGAAACAAUCAUUUUGAAGAUUUACCUAUUGUUCUUGGCUCGUUACCUCGCUUAAUAAAAUUACUCUUAUUUAACAAUCAUCUCGGUAAUUUAUCCUUGUCAUUAUCAUUUUCGAAGCUAUCUAAUUUACGUAUUUUAAAUUUAAACAAUAAUGCUAUAACUCAAAUACCCAGUGAUAUUGGCAUUUUAGUUAAUCUUGAAAUUUUAACUAUCGAACAUAAUCAAUUAGUAGAAAUUCCCCGUGAAAUAGGCUUAUGUACACGCUUAAUCGAACUUCAUUUUGGUUAUAAUUGUUUAACAAAACUUCCACUUGAAAUAGGCUAUUUAAUUGACUUGAAAAAACUUGUUUUACAUCGUAACAAUCUUCUUGAAUUACCGGAAAGUAUAACAAAUUUAAAAACUUCAUUAAAGUUAUUAGAUGUUGCUUGUAAUAAUCUACGUAUAUUUCCAAGCAAAUUUCACACAUUACAUUUAAAAGAAUUUUAUGCUGAACACAAUCCUCUAUUAGAACAUUCACCAAUACAUUCCAUACAAGAAAAUGAAAUAUUAACACUGAAAGAACUUUGUGCACGUCAUUCAAUGAAUGAAUUACGUAAUCCAACAUUUGAUUUUCAACCAACAUUACGCGAUCGUAUACAACAUAAUAAAAAAGCUAAAGAUAUUUUAAUGCAAUGUACUGAAUGUCAAUUUUGUCAUAAUUAUUUUUUAAAUACAUGGUUAGAAUGUGUAGAAUUUAUUGAUGUACAACGAACAUUUAAAGGUGUAAAAAAUCAUUCUGAUCAAGUAAUAUCAGUUAUUCCUCAACGUGCACUGCUCUGUUCGUAUGAAUGUUUCAAUAGCCCAGGACACAAUUACUAUGGUGUUGCUUUUACAUAA